CCCCCCGCGGCCGCCUUAGCAGCGGCGGCAGCGGCUCCCGGCGCGCAGAGCGGCAGCCGGCGGCGGCCUCGCAGAGAUGACGGCGGUGACGGGCGCGGAGCGACCCCGCGAUGGCAGCUGCCACUUCCAGCGCUCCCGGCUCAUCUUUAUGAUCGCCAUCAUCUUCGGCAUGAUCGUUCUCGGCUGGGUAACACUUUGGCCUUCAACUAUACCUUAUAGUUAUUUGGGAGUAUUUGGUACCUUCCUUAAUUAUUUAGUGCAAAACCACCACAAAUGGGUGUGCUAUGGGUUCUGGGUGUCCUGGUUGAUUCACAUAGUAGAAGCCUUGUAUGGUAUAAAGUUAUGCCAAUCUAAAGGAAUCACUGACCCAGCAGUUCAGUUUCAAUGGUUCGUUCAGACACUGUUAUUUGGGUAUGCUUCCUUUGGUCUGCUGGUGAAUUACAAACCUUCAACCAAGAAGCAGCACUAGAAGAUCGUGAAGGAAGUUACUUCUUACCUUCUUCAUCCUCAUUUUCCAGAAAAUAUCCUCACUUACAUGUCUGGGUGCUGUAAUUAGCCAAAUUACAUUCAUGCUACAUGAUGUUGUGCCCUUCUAGGCAAGUAACUCUCCUGUUAUUAAACAAGGGGAUACUUCACUGGGCCCUGCGGAUAGUUCAGCAGAAAUCAAUCCCUUUGGUCUCCACCAAGUUUGAUCCUAUUUAUUUUCAAAGAAGCCAAGAGUUGCUUCUCUGCAGUUUUUGACAUGGAUUAUAUACUUUGAUUGUCAUUGGCAAGUCUCUAACAUCUGGUAGUAGUGGUUGAUGAGUUACCUUUUUGUGUGGAGGAGUGUUCUUGUACAAGGAGUUAUUUACAGCCACCUGGUAACUUGCACCUGCUUUGUGAUAGGAUUUAAAUUUGCCUAUAUUUUUCCCUACAGGAAGUUUUACUGGCUUUUGUUGUUGGAACCUGCUGUUUGUACUUUGUUUUGUCAGCUGCUUUUCUUGCAUGAGGGACAGACCACUAAAGUGCUGCAGGCACAUUAAAAAGACCAACUCUCAGUUCAAGUUCAGGUGCAGUGAUGAGCUUGGAUACAUAAAGCACUUAAACUUGGUUUAAUACAUGUGCCUUAAAGUUCAUGCAGCAUGACCUCAUCUUUUGAAUGAAGAUUUCAGUCUUGGAGUUAGUAUAAAAUGAAGCAGCAACCCUGUAGCUUUGAGGGCAGCUUUUAAAAUAAAUAAUUUAUUAUACAAGGAAAAACCCAAUCAAUUAGCAUUCCAAAACCUAGCUGAAUAGUUUAGUGAGUAACAUUAAGUGUAGGUAGUAAGCUCAGCAUACACUGCUGUUUCCUAGAUGCUGAUAUCCUUAAUUCUGGGGUUGAGAGACCAUCUUAAGUACCCUUCAGAGUAGUUCUUUGUGUGUAGUGAGCCUUUUAUCAUACUGUCUUUCACUUUUGAAUAUUUGAACAAGAAUUUACCCAGUCUUGUUUUAGCACUUUUCAAAGCAAUAACCAUUUAAAAUACUAACUACGGUGUGGGGAGUUGCAAUGAUGCCUGUGGUGCUACUGCUCUGGAACAAACAAGAAGAAAAGGUAGUUCUUCCUCUGACAGAGAGCUUCAGAAGACAGUAACAAACUUAUGCCUUGUGCAGCAUCUACAGACUGUAACACUUCUGAGGGAGAAGUCUUACUCAAGCACAGGUGCAUGAAGUUCCUGCUUUUCAGUGGGUGCUAAAAGCAUGGAGAGCUGAACGGUUUGGAAUGGUGGGUUAGGAUUUUAAAUGUCAAACUGGUAACUCUGUAGAGAAGAAGAAAUUCAUGUUUACUGGCUAAAAAUCCAACAGGAAUGUCAAAAUCCCAAGCUCUGUUUCACUGUGUAACCUUUUAGUCUGUGAUCCUGGAAUAAAGAACUUUCAAAAGUGAAGAA